AUGUACGAAGUCGCUACCGUCAAGGCUGGCUUCAAGCUACAGGCAGUUGAACAGCAGACAACUGACCUACUUACGACGGUCAAUCAUAUCCUUAACGAAGUGCGGGAGGCCUGCCGACUCCACCAACUCAAAAACCUGAGCCUUGACACUGGAGAACGCGAGUGGAUGGAUCGUAUCAUCACCGAAACUGACACUGCCGCACACGCAGUCGCUGAUGUUCUUGAGUCCAGUCGUGUCGACCGCGAGACGUUGCAAGGGAAAGUUCGUAUCCGUACCCGCCUCCUCUGGGUGCUCAGGGACUCGCACAAAGCAGCUGACAAGUACGCUCGUCUCAUGGUCUGCCACCAAAGCCUCGUCUCUGCCAUCACCAUCCUCCAUAACCGCCCUGGCCCUCGUAGCCCCUUGUCGUCAGGUGGUCUCCUCCUGCAGCAGGAACUGGAGGGUUCGCCUAGCUGGUCAGCGGAACUCGAGAACAACAUGGACAGGAGGGUUGAACUCGAGGGCAACAGGGGCAUGGGGGUUGGCCCCUCGAUGAGCCGUGAUCUGAAAGAAAUGCUGGCUCGCCGGAGUAAACUCGAUUCCGACGGUGAGGUGAAGACGGGCCCGAUAUCUACUACCGCAGACACAGCAGAACUACCAGGUUCUGAUAUUAUGUGA